ACCGCAGGAGCAGAAACACCUCCCUAGACGAAAACACGGAGGUCACGUGCUCCAGCAACCGCAGGCGAACGCGAAUCGGUGUUGUUGUGGCGGUGAGUGUCGCCUCCUCGCGCGGUGUCGCCGGUGUUCGCUCGCUCGCUCGCUCGCCUGCCCGCUCGCGCGCCGGACAUGUUCCUGCUCCGGCAUGUUCGCGUGGCUCUAAUGGCCGCCGCUGCCGCCUUCGGAGCCGCUGUGUUUAUGGCUAUAAACCUCUUCUAUAAGAGGAGAGUGUGGACACCGGAAGACUACUGCGCUUUUAAAGAGGAGGAAGAGGAGCGCAGACAGAGACAGGUCCUCGUCCUUGGCUUAGACGGUGCUGGGAAGAGCAGCGUUCUGCAGCAGCUAAACGGCUCAGCUAGCAAAAGAAAGUGCACCCCAACCCGUGGCUUCAACUUCAUCCGUCUUCACACGCCCGCCUGCGAAUUCGACUUCCUAGAAAUUGGAGGUAGCGAGGACUUGCGAGCGUACUGGGGCGAUUUCCUGAAGAGAGCACACGUUUUGUUGUACGUGGUGGACUCCUCGGACAGAAGACGGCUCCCGCUGGCUAAAGACGAACUUCACCGCCUUCUCAGCAUCGACAUGCGACUUCCAGUUAUAAUACUGGGAAACAAACAGGACAAGCUAGAUGCCGUGAGCGUGUCCGAGCUGCGCGAUGCUCUCUCUCUGGGCUCGGUGGCGGAUCAGAGGAAGCACUUCCUUCUCCAGCUCAGCUCUGUGGGAGAACCCGAGUCUUGCAGCCUCCAGAACCUUCAGGAUCUGCUCGUCCAGCUAGAGUCCGAUCAUAACUAGCGCGAUGUGGAUAAGGGAUCUGUAGGAUAAUGUUGAAGUCUCAGGAUGAAAAAGCUUGAUACAAUCAAAGGGGUUGUUGUGAACACUCGCUGUUUCUCAGCAGUGAAAGUGACACCAUUUUAUUGUUGCAGAAACAGUACUAUAAACUAUUAUAACCUGUGUAAUGAGUGUGUGUGGCGGGCCGGGAAAACCCUUUGGAUAACUCUGUAGCUAAAUUCAGAACAAAAAUCGAACUUUCCUGCUAAUAACAUACUUCAAUCUCUAUUAUUACACACCAUGCUAACGAUCACAAAUAUAGACGAGAAAAUGAUCAAAUGACUGAAACAGAGCGAUAUCGGCAGAAUGACCGCUUUAUGUCUUCCAACUCUGACUACACCAUGCUAGCGACGUUCGAUUUCCUCCCAACAUGAAUUUCACGCUUAGCGAUAUGUUUAGCGAUAGCUACGUUCGGACGCAAGUCUACAGAAUCUCACAAUGAUCGUGAAGCUGCGAGACAGAAGAGCGCCUGAAAAUACACAUUCUGUAAAUAAAGUUUUAAUGUUAAAUAGUUUAAAGGAGAUUAAAGGAUAUAUAUAUAUAUAUAUAUAUAUAUAUAAGAUGAAGGAUGAAUCAGUUGGAUUAGAGCACUGGGAAGAAAAGCACACUCUGCUCUGUUCCAUAUAUGUGAAAUCUCGGAAACUUAGGUGCAUAUGAUUGAAAAGGGUCACUUCACGAUGAGCCGGGCAUAUGACUGGUUAAACUUGUCCUCCCCCAUCAUCAGGGUUAGAAAAACAUUUUUUAGCAAUGUGGUUUAAACAAAUUUUGGUUAGAAUCUUAAAUAUCCACAUUCCCAUGGUGUUUUUACGAGACGUUUCCUCUCUUUUGUCUAUUUUUGUAACCUCACUUCAGUUUAAAAGCAAAUAUCAUUUUCCGAAGGGUUUUGCCAGGCCGCCACACACACGCCUUCGGUUCUGCAUAUAGCCACGUUACGUUUUCCUUGCGUAACUGUUCUGGAAUGUUCCUUGGCGUACCUGCACGUCUGUAUUAGAGCUAGCUCUCAUUUCUAUUCUGCACGAAUUCUGUGUUUUAACAGUUGAUACCUCAGAAAACUUUAGAAUCUUUACCUUCAUGUCGUGUAAGGUUUGCAGUAGAAACACUGCAGAAGCUAUAAAGACUCGUUCACUGCGCAAGUCGACGUGGAUGAGGAUGCUGUUUACUCUUCCAUAUGGAAAGUACUACUGAUUUAUAGAAACGCUGCAAUAUUGACCUACUGAUAUUAAGUUAAUAGUUAACCAGCUGUCGGUUUAACCAGCACAAGUUAGAUGACCGCUCAUGUUUUGUCAUGUUUAUAGUAUUAUGUACCAUGUGUGUGUUUGUGUUAUUGAAAGUUUGUUUAGAUGUAAAUAGUGAACACUUGUUAGUAAGCAGAUGCAAUAUAUUUUGUGGAGUGGAGAUUACAGAUCAUGAUGGAGUAAUAAAUUAUUAAAAGUCUCAUCUGUAGCUUAUCAGGAA